UUCGGUACCGCAAUGUCGAUGUGAUGUGAAUCAUGAUUGAUAAAAUGGCUGCCCUUAUCACCCCUCUGAAAGGGAUUGGGAAUGAAAUUGUGAUUGGAAUGCUGUACUUUUUUGUCAAGUGCCUAUUAGGUAUAUCACCCGCACACUCUUUUCAGCAAUUUGGAUAUGCAAACGAAGCAAUUAAUUUUUUUAAUUCAGUACGUUUUUUCUGUUCUGCUGGACGCUGGUACCUAUUUAUUUGAAAAGAAUUUCUAUUCAAGAUAAUAUGAAGUCAAAUGCUGAACAAUACCAAUGCUACCUUUGUGGAACUCAACUGCUUCAUCCAUUUAAACAUUUGUCUGAAGAUCUUUCUUCAUGUAAUGUCACUUUUGAAGUGAAGCUAUGCCAGAUUUUAACACAAGACCAGCAAAAAGACAGGGAAACUGAUGCAGUCUGCUCAUCCUGCUGGUGUCUUGUUGAAGAUAUUUCAGAACAACAAAACAUGUUGCAUAAAAUGGUUGAGGAGGUGAAUGCGAGGUUGACAAGAGCAUCAGAACACAGGAGCAAGGACAAUGAAGUCACAUGCAAUGAAGAAGUGCAACACGCUGAUUCUGAGGAGCCAGUUACUGCCACAUCGCCUGGUCAGCAUUCUGCAGCGUCAGAUUCAUCUGAGGAGGAUAACGUGGCUGCUGAGGAGGACGCAGCAGCCGCGGAGGAGGAUACGGCCGCGGAGGAGGCGGGGGACGACCCGCCGGCCCCUGGCGCCGUCAGCUGCGCCGACUGUCCGGACCGCCGGUUCUCCAGCGCCGCCUCACUUCGCCGCCAUCGACGCAAAAAGCACGAGCGCCACCUGAGCUGUCCGUUCUGCAGUCGACCGGUGCGCGAGUCCUACCUCGAGAUGCACAUCCUCAUCAAACACUCGCGCACCGAGCGCGGCUACCUGUGCACGCUGUGCGACCGACACUACGAGUCGGCCAAGUAUCUCAAGGUACACCUACGGACUGUGCACAGCGACGGCAAGCAGUUCCAGUGUACCGAGUGCGGCCGGCUGCUGGCCAACCGCGGCAGUCUCCACGCGCACAUGCAGCGACACGCGCGCAGUCUGCAGUGCCCACUGUGUGGCCGCCGGUUCGGGCUGCGCUCACAGCUGGAGACGCACCAAAGACGGCACACGGGCGAGCGGCCCUUCCUUUGCACCCACUGUGGACAGGCGUUCAUCUCCGCCGAACGCAUGCGCAAACAUGCGCACGUGCACGUCGCGCAGCCCACGUGCGACACGUGCGGCGCCGUGUUCUCGAGUCGCGCGAGCCUGGCCGCGCACCAGCGGACGCACAGCGACCAGCGGCCGUUCGCGUGCUCCGCCUGCGAGAAGACGUUCAAGCGUGCCAGCCACCUCAGUGACCACAUGGCAAGUGUUCACGGCGAGAGUCGACCGUUCAAAUGCGGUCAGUGCGGGCGCGCCUUCACCCUGGAGCCCUACCUGCGCCGACACGAGCGGCUCCACGCCGGAGAGAAGCCGCAUAGCUGCUCCGUCUGUGGUAAGAGUUUCGCCAAAAAGUACAACCUGCAGGCGCACAUGAAGACUCACGAGGGCAGGCCGGCGGCAGCGGGCGCGGCGGGGUACCCCGCGGGGCCGGCGCCGACCCUGGCGCCGCUGCUGCCGCCGCCGCCCCCUCCGCCUCCGUCUGCGCAGCCGCCGGGGCCUCCGGUACCGCCGCCGCCGCCGGCCGGUCUCGGCCACCCGCCGCCGCCACUGCAGCUGCACACAGGGUACGUGUGGUCCUAGCCAGGAACGGGCGGUGGGCAUCGUAUGACACUGCCGAUGUGAGUACGGUACUGAGUCACGGGGCAGCCUACUUACAGUCUUCGCUGGCUAAUUGAUGGGGAAGGGAACUGGAGAAGGUCGGCGAUAUUCGUGACUUAGGUACUUUUUUGCCCAUAAAUGUCAUUGUCAGAUAUUUCUUCACGACAUUGCUAAGUCAGAGAAGCAAUGUCAGGUCAAACAGUUUCAUAAUUUACAUCUUGGGGAUGCUUACCUGGUUUGGGAAGAUCUCUCGGAAUGAUGUGUAUUUACUGCCAUUUUGUUAUUCAUCGCGGUACCUAUAUGGAAGAAAGUCAGUCUGCUUGCCUGGCUGUAACUAGAGAUCAAGUAGCCUACCUACGCGAUUCACAUAGUCAUAGUGCCAGUGGAUCGAAUUUUGUCAGAUCCGAAUCAUUCUGUUCCCGUGAUACACUGUGAUAUUGCCCUUUUCUACUCACCUCUACACUUUUUUUUAACUGUGCCAUAAUUCCAUAAGGUAUCAUGUUUAAAUACAUAUAAGCUAAACAUUC